AGACAAAGAUGCUUGGAAAGAGAGGCAGAAGAAAUCAGGUUAAGAAUGCAGAGAGAAGCAGAUGAAGCUAAGUUCAAGGCUCAACAAGAAGAAGAAUAUGCAGCUCUGCAGAGAACGCUUGAUGAAAAGAAAAGAAAGGUACAGCUCCUGGAAAGGGUAAUGGAUCUUAAGGCAGCAGAAGCAAGAAUGCAGGUUUAUGACCAAAUAAGUAUAACAGAUGAAUGCAAAGUUGAUGCAACAAAGUUUAAUAGGAAAGGUGAAGAUGUUGAACAUGUAAGGUUCCCAUCUCAGCUUAAACAAGUCUUACCCCAAGCUGCAGCCACCUCAGUAAGUGAUGGUACAUCAGACCUUGUUAAAGCGCUGGCAAGUGCACUAAGUGCUAGUCGUAUCCCUGUUCCUGAACCGGCUGUGUUUUCUGGGGAUCCCUUAAGCUACAGUGACUGGAAACUGUCGUUUCAAACGCUGAUAGAUCAAAAGAACAUCCCAGACACUGAGAAAAUAUUCUACCUUCGGAGAUAUGUGACUGGAAAAGCUAAAAGAGCAGUUGAAGGAUACUUCCUGCUUGGAACAGAAUCUGCAUACGCUGCUGCAUGGAAAGUUCUGGAUGAAAGAUACGGAAAUCCGUUCACAAUUGCAACAGCUUAUAGAGACAAACUGCAUGCGUGGCCCAAGAUUACUUCAAGGGACAGUUUUGCACUAAGAGAUUUUGCAGAUUUCUUGCGCAGUUGUGAGGCUGCAACAGCUCACAUCAAGUCAUUAGAAAUCCUGAAUGACUGCAAUGAGAACAGGAAGAUUCUGUCUAAGCUUCCAGACUGGCUUGCUGCUAGUUGGAACCGAAAGGUUAUUGAAAUCGAGGAACAAACACAUCAGUUUCCCACUUUCAGCCAGUUUGUUGACUUUUUAACCAGAGAAGCCAAGAUUGCUUGCAAUCCUGUUACAUCAUUGCAGUCACUAAAACAGUGUGAGCCUAACAUAUCAGACAAACCGAAACUCACAAACCAGCGACAACUAGGAGCUAAGACACUGACAACAACUUCACAAGAAAAGAUACAGCUAACAUGUGUAUUCUGUAAGAAACCCAAGCACAGUUUGCACAAAUGCAGAAGUUUUCUGGACAAAGCUGUGCCAGACAGAGUCAACUUCAUUAAAUCAGAAAAGCUUUGUUUUGGUUGUCUCAAACCAGGUCACCAUUCAAAGAACUGUACCAACCGCAAUGUUUGUGAAAAGUGCAGUAAAAGACAUCCUACCUGUCUUCAUGAAGACAGAGUUAAAGACAAAGAAGAACAAAGACAAGCACCAAAUAAGCCAGAGUCAAAUAAUGAAAGAUCAAGACAAAGCGACCAAGCUCAAGAGCAAGUUACAGCCACAGCUAUGACUAACCAAGUAACGGGUCAAGAAAAUACCACACAGACAGCCGCAAUCAUUCCCGUUUGGCUUUCAUCUGCUACUAAACCCCAAGAAGUCCUCGUAUAUGCGAUGCUAGACUCACAGAGUGAUACAACUUUUGUUCUCAGUGAAGUUGCAGAUUUGCUAGAGACAAACCAAGAACCUGUUAAACUAGAGCUGUCUACUAUGUCUUCCCAGACUACAGUUGUUCGAUCUCACAGACUUCAGAAUCUCCAAGUUCGUGGCUUUAACUCAAGCAAAAUAAUCACUUUACCCCCUACAUAUACAAGAGAGUUUAUUCCAGCCAACAAAGCUCACAUCCCAACUAAUGAGACAGCCAAUGCUUGGCCACAUCUUCAACAUCUUCAACUAGAAAUCGCACCUUUGCAAGACUGUGAGGUAGGAUUGUUGAUUGGAUACAAUUGUUCACAAGCUCUCCUCCCAAGAGAGAUUGUGUCAGGUAAAGAUGAUGAGCCGUAUGCUCAGCGCACUGAUCUUGGUUGGAGUAUAGUUGGACAAACCAAUCCCUGCUUAAACUAUGGAGACGCAAUUGGAAUCAGCCAUCGCAUCAUUGUUAAGAAGGUCAUCCCAGAGCUUGAGUCCUCUCAAAAGCUUCAAAACAAAGUCUAUUAUGUCAACAGAACAACGGUGAAAGACGUCACUCCUUCAGACAUUAUCAAAGCACUCGAAGGAGAUUUUUCUGAACGGGCUAUUGAUAACAACCCUGUGUCGCAAGAAGAUUUACUGUUUAUCAAAAAGCUUAGUGAGAACAUCAAACAAAACGAAAGCGGCCACUACGAGAUGCCAUUACCAUUUCGUAACCAAAGACCCACAUUACCAGACAAUAAAAUAUGUGCAAUGCAUCGCCUAAAGUGUCUGGAAAAAAGAUUAAAGAAGGACAAAUCAUACUACAAUGACUAUGCUAACUUUAUGGAUGACAUAAUCUCAAGAGGAGAUGCAGAAAGGGUUCCAGACCAGGAGUUGAAUAACCAUCCUGCAUGGUAUAUCCCACAUCAUGGGGUCUAUCACCCACACAAACCUGGAAAGAUCAGAGUAGUGUUUGAUGCCUCUGCAAAGUACCAAGACACUUCUCUCAACGACCAUCUCCUAACUGGCCCUGACUUGACGAACACAUUGGUGGGCGUUCUUUGUCGUUUUCGCAGAAGCUCUAUUGCAUUCAUGUGCGAUAUAGAGCGAAUGUUCCAUCAAUUUCAUGUCUCAAAAGAGGAUCAGGACUAUUUAAGGUUCCUUUGGUGGGAGAAAGGAAAUUUGGAAGCAACACCAUCCGUUUACCGUAUGAAGGUCCAUCUCUUUGGAGCAGCGUCUUCUCCAGGCUGUGCCAAUUUUGGCCUAAAACACCUAGCAGCCCAAGGACAUGGCCAAUUUAAAGAAAACACCAUACAUUUCAUACAAAGAAACUUUUACGUUGACGACGGCUUGGCAAGCGUUCCAACUGAAAAUGAAGCCAUUCAACUCAUCAAAGACUCAAGAGAGUUAUGCUCCAAAGGGAAGUUAAGACUCCACAAAUUUGUGUCCAAUAGUGAGAGAGUUAUGUCCACUAUUCCAAAGGAAGAGUGUGCUACAGUUAGGGACCUUGAUAUGUCUCUCGGUUUACCACACAUUGAAAGAGUACUCGGAGUUGAAUGGAGCAUCACUUCAGACGCUUUCAAGUUCAGAGUCCAAGCCAAGUCCAACCCGCUUACCAGAAGAGGUGUACUGUCUACCGUUGCCUCUAUUUACGAUCCGCUGGGUUUUAUAGCCCCAUUUGUACUCUUAGGCAAGCAAAUCCUCCAGCAAAUGUGCAAGGAUAAAGUCGAGUGGGACCAAGAGCUUCCAGAUUACUUAAAACCUCAGUGGGAAUCCUGGAUUAAAGAUAUUCCAAGCUUAGCCAACAUGGAGAUUCCAAGAUGUUUCAUCCCUGCAGAGUUUGGCCAGGUUAAAAGCUUCGAACUUCAUCACUUCGCAGAUGCCAGUGUCAAUGGAUAUGGUGCAUGUACUUACCUGCGAAUCAUUAACAAAUCAGAUGAAGUCCAUUGUUGCUUAGUGAUGGCAAAAUCAAGAGUCACACCCACUGCUGUCAUGACCAUCCCUCGACUCGAACUCUCAGCUGCAGUUGUUGCAGUUAGAGUCAGUGAUCUACUCAGGGCAGAGCUGGAAAUCCCAGACAUUACAGAGUUUUUCUGGACAGAUUCCACUGUUGUUCUCGGAUACAUAAAUAAUGAUGCCAAAAGGUUUCAAGUGUUCGUAGCUAAUCGCAUUCAAAGGAUCAAGUCAAGCACAAGGCCAGAACAAUGGGCGUACAUCCCAUCAGAGCAAAACCCUGCAGACUACGCUUCUCGAGGCUUAACUGCAGAACAAUUGAAGUACUCCAAUUGGUUUAAGGGACCAGCAUUUCUCUGGGAGAGGAACAUUCCUGCUAGAGAUAUGAAGGUGGGAGAGGUCAAGGAAAAUGACCCAGAACUUCGCAAAGCUUUUGUGUGUACCACCAACGCAAAAGAAGAGCAGACCAUUCUCAACAAAUUUGAAAAGUUCUCAGAAUGGUCCCGAUUGAUAAGAGCACUUGCAACCCUGAGAAGAAAGGUUAAGGAAUGCAAGGGAGACAAACAAAGGACAAAAGAAAGUACAAGUUUGGAAGAGAGAAAAGAAACAGAACUGUUUGUCAUCAAACUUGUUCAAGAGAAAGCUUUUGCAGAAGAGAUAAAGAGUCUAAAAUCAAAUAAACCAGUUUCCAAGACCAAAAACCAUCAUCUUUAUAAACUAAGUCCAUUUCUGGACGAAGACGGAGUCCUUAGAGUUGGUGGACGUUUGAGUCAAGCUGUGCUGCACUCACAUGUAAAGCAUCCAGCCAUACUUCCCAAGGACAGUCAUGUUUCAACUUUGCUCAUCAGACAUUUCCACUCGAAGGUUCAGCAUCAAGGUCGUGGAAUGACUCUGAAUGAGCUGCGUGCCAACGGUUGGUGGAUUCUAGGAAAUAGCCGUGCAGUCUCAUCAUACAUCUUCAACUGUGUCAAAUGUCGCAAAUACAGAAGGAGGACAGAGACUCAAAGUAUGGGAGAUUUGCCAGCUGAUCGAACUGAGCCUACACCACCUUUCACUUAUGUCGGAAUGGAUUGUUUUGGACCAAUAUAUGUCAAGGACGGCCGUAAGGAGCUCAAAAGAUAUGGACUGAUACUAACUUGCUUAUGUUCACGAGCCAUUCAUAUUGAAGUUGUAGAUGACCUGAGUACAGACGCAUUCCUGAAUGCGAUACGUGCGUUUAUCGCAAUAAGAGGGAAUGUGCGCCAGCUAAGAUGUGACAGAGGCACCAAUUUCGUUGGUGCUCAGAGAGAGCUUGCUGAUCUCAUGAAAGACAUGAAUCAGGAGAAAGUGAAAGCACUUGGAUGUGAGUUUCUUAUGAAUCCCCCUUCAGCAAGCCAUAUGGGUGGAGUAUGGGAGAGACAGAUAAGAACCAUCCGUAGUGUUCUUUCAGCCAUCCUUGACCAGUCAGCCAAGAGACUUGACAGUACAUCUUUGAGAACCCUUUUGUAUGAGGUUAUGGCGAUUAUCAACAGUAGGCCACUCACCAUCGAGCAUUUGAGUGAUCCAACAGGCCCUGAACCAUUAACACCUAACCAUAUUCUCACGAUGAAGUCGACCAUUAUCCAACCUCCACCAGGAGAUUUCAUGAAAGAAGAUUUGUAUCUUCAAAAAAGAUGGAGAAGAGUGCAAUAUUUGGCCAACGAGUUUUGGAUCCGUUGGAGGAAAGAAUAUUUGCUCAACUUGCAACCAAGACAAAAGUGGAAUGCACACAGAAGGGAUCUUAAGAUUAAUGAUAUAGUGCUUCUGCAAGAAGACGCGGCACCACGCAAUGAAUGGAAGCUGGCCAAAGUCACAGAUGUCUAUCCUGGAACCGAUGACAAAGUGAGAAAGGUUAGACUUUUGGUUAGUGAAAAGACUUAUGACAAACACGGUAAACAUGUGACUAAAACACUUUCAUUAGAACGCCCUAUACAUAAGGUUAUUGUUUUGCUAGAAGCAGACUAAGGAUUUUGUUUUUGUUCAUGCUGAGUGUUCUGAAUGUAAAAAAUCCCACAUGAGGAAUUGUGAGAUUGGUGGGAGUGUUGCUGCCACUUUUUCAUUUAUGCCUGUUUUGUGUGUAUUUCAUUGCUGUUGUUAAUAUACGCCACCAGGGGGUGCAUGGAGGGGCUUUGUAUGCAGAUUAGAGAUUAGUUUUCUAAGAAGAAGCGAUUUCCAGAGAGAGCUGAUGCAUGUGUCGGUCACAGGUCGGUCACAAAGUUUAAGUAAAGCAAGAAAGAAGAAACCCAAGAAUAAUUCCACUCUAUUCUGGUACUCAGCCAACGAGUUUUCACGGUGUGGUUUAUGAGUCUGAACAAGCAAGAUUCAAUAAAUCCAUCUGUAGAGAAAGCCACUUGUGCCUGUCGUACCUGGGGGAAUUACAGAGG